UUUACUCUUUGAAGUUCCAGUGUUUGUUUUCCCUUACUAUAACAGGCAUUGCUCACAGUCACAAUUUCUUUGCUAAAAACGAAGAAUUAUUAGCAAGUUUUGUUUCCCUCCAACGUGUAUUUUGAUUUCGUGUCUUUUUCGGAGACAAAAAAGAGCAAGAGAGACCUGAUAUCACCACAAUCGCAGAUUUGUUGAGUAAUCGAACUUUAUCGAACAGUAAUUGGAGACUAGUUACCCAGUGUUCAAGAACCAUGGCUUCGACCAUCGGGCGUGUGGAAACGCGGCAUGAUGGGCAGCUGCAUGAGGUCCAGCUAGAUUUCUAUGGGCGACGGUUGGCGACAGCUGGACACGACGGCUCAGUAAGAGUUUAUGACAUAAGCAAUGCGGAAGCGCCACACGAGGUAUACGAGUUGAAGGGCCAUCAGGCUCCAGUGUGGUCUAUCUGUUGGGCACAUCCAAAAUACCCGGGCGUCCUGGCAAGCUGUGGCUAUGAUAGGCAGGUAUAAUUUGGUGGAAGGACAGAUGUUGAAUCCCGAGUAUGGUAGAAGAAGGUAGUUGUACUUGGUCUGAUAGUAUGAACAAAAUCACUUCUCGUGAGUCUCAGGUAUUAGUGGGAAGAGAAGAAACUUCAAAAAAGAACCCGAAAGAAUUGGAAUCGAUUGGCGAUGAUAAUAAAUAGUUGUAUGGAUAUCACUGUUUGAAAAUCUAGGUGAUGAUCUGGAAGGAUCAGGGCCUCGCGCACAAGGAUGAACAGGCGCGAGCGUCAGUGAACCAGGUUCGGUUUGCACCUGUAGAAUGCGGACUUGUCCUUGCUGCAGCAGGCAGCGAUGGCGCAGUUAGCAUAUUCGAAUACAAGAUUAUGGUGAAAACUUCAACUCCACCUAUCCAAGUUAUCAUAUCCGGUUAACUUUCCCUCGCCUUACAACUCCCUUGAACAAAUGUAAAGAAUGUCUGGCUCCUUCGUGCUAUUUGACGACGACAACAAUACGCAAAUAGCUAGUUGCUCGUAGCCUCGUAAUUUUUGUAGGCUGGAAGUUUCUCUUGACAGGAACGCAAUUUAGAUUUCUAAUGUUACUACUGAUUCGUGGACGAGAACGACGUUUUUGGCGCAUCCAUGUGGUGUCCGCUCCUUGUGCUGGGCGCCCGCUGGCUGUGUGGAUUUGAACGGAAGCACGCCCUUAGAGGGUGCGAAGAUAGCGACCGGGGGUCUUGACGCCGCCGUCAAGGUCUGGCUCUUCAAGAACGGAAGCUGGGUACAACUAUGAACAGCAUGCUGGUAGUUUUUGAACACAAUGUAGUUCUUGCAAGAUGUGAUUACUUAUAUUAGAAGUGAGUCCCUGUGUAAUGUUUUGGGUAGGCUGUUUUCGUCUCGGCUCUGCCGUGAUCAAUUGCAGACUGAAGCCCUACGGUCGUCACGAAAGGCGAUAUCAGGGACACAAACAUGACAUGUAAUGUUCAUCUCUCCCAAAGAGUGAAGAAAGAUUUAGCUGCGCUAGUUUGAGUGUCACGACAUUGAAAAUAAUAACGUCUCAAGUUUCUCAUACUAGGUCCGGGAAGAUGUAGACACAUCGAGCGGCGUGGGCCACAAAGACUGGGUCACCGGUGUAGCAUGGCGUCCCAACGGAGGCCAGAAUAGUGAUAUAAUAGCAAGCGGCUCUAGGGAUGGCUCUGUUAUCCUGUGGCAAAGAUUCGAGACUAUCUGGAGGCCAAUAAAACUUUUUAAAGAUGAGUUUGCAGGAAAGCCGAUCUGGAGCGUCGAAUUUUCACAGGUAGCGAAAACAUUUUAUCACAGAUGUCUUUGCUAGUGGUAGUAUGUUACACGUUUGCAGACUAAUGUUCAAUGCUUUUUAUCACAGAAGCUUUCUUUCGAUUUUUUCCCCAGAAAAAGCGUGACCCUAUCCACAGGGUGAUGUUUUGAUAUUCAUUGAUAUUCCCCAUGUCUGCUCAUUUUGAUUUCUAGUGUUUACCACUGUCGAAAAUUGUUAUCCAGGUCGGUGGCAUGCUGCAAGUAAAUUUCGGAGAAAGCGAGAUGCAAAUUUUCAAAGAAACAGGACAGGGUGAAUUCAGGCCACAGAUCGCUAUUGACGAGAGAGGAGUAGCACCAGCGAGUGGAGCCCCAGCUCCAGAAGUAAAUCUCGCGGCUUUCGGCAUGGACGCCUCCUCAAGUGGUGCAGAAGGCGGAACCGUUACACCUUCUAUACUCAGCUAAUCAUCUCCUGGCGCCUUCAUUCAUACAAGUUUGACGAUCACAUGUACAACGAGUUGCCGUGGAAUCUGAUUUCUAGCGAAAUUUUAGAACAAGCACAGACUACUUUGACUAAUAUUUAUUACAAUCAACCUAGUGUCAGUUGGAUCGUUCUAUCACAUUUUGACUCUCGAUCUGUUGUGGAUACAUCAGUAAGAGUCACCCUCCCGCGAAUUAGGGACCCUAUUUGUUUAUACACUUUCCCACCUCGUCGUGAUCUCUGGCACAGACAGGCCUCGGAGAUCACCUCUUCUGUUCAUGACAUAAUGAAAUUUCGCGGCCGUAUGGUUUAUUAAGUAUUCAUCUCCCCGCGACAACAGGAAAGGAUACCUUUCUUGUAACAACGAUCCAGGUGUGCUGACUUCUAGUGUAUCUCGAGG